AUGGCCAAAGACUGUCGGCAACCCAAGGGCCCGAGCCAGCAGAAGGGUAAAGAAAAGGGGAAAGUUGAAAAGGGAGGAAAAGGAAAAGAAAAGAAAGAACAGGGAAAAGUUAAAGGCGGCAAGCCUUCAGGUUCAGGUAAGAACCAGUCAAAAGGUAAAGGAAAAGGAAAGAAGGGCUUGAGAACAGCUGAGUACUACGACUUGGCCACCCCAGAAGAGAGUGAAGCAGAGUUAGAAUUGGAACAGGAAGCACUAGAGUACGAAGGGUUUGAGGAGGAUGCUUGGAGUGAAGCGUCCGAAGCAACGGAACCCAUUUUUCUGAGCUCUCACCAGCCACGUGCUGCUUAA